AUGUGCGUCGAGAUAACAUUUGCUCAAUAUCCUGUACAAGAAUAUACGAUUGUGCACAAUGAUCGUGCAAAAUAUAUUGUACCACCCGAUUCGAAACGUUUGCAUUGGCUUGGCAGUGUACCUAUUGGUGGUACCAUCGCCAUAAUAGGUCUAAUUGGGAAUAUUAUUUCCUUUUGUGUAUGGAAUCGAAUACUAAAAUGGAAAAUACGAGGAAACCACUCCACUGCAAUAUAUUUCAUUUCGUUAAGUGUGUGUGAUGGGGGAGUUUUGGUAUUCUUUCUUUUAACUGACACCAUCAAAUCUAAUCAUCCAGAAAUUGCAAAGACUUAUUCAUAUGCUGCAUUUUAUUCCUGGUUUGGUUUUCCUUUGUUUUUUAUCUUCUUGGUAGCGAGCAUAUGGUUAAUAGUUGGUGUAACCUUAAAUCGAUUCUUGAUGAUGUUUUUACCACUCAAGAUUCACUCCUUUUAUUCAAAAACACAAACAUACUUGGGUAUAUUUGCAAUUUCGAUGUUCUCCUUGUUGAUUAAUAUACCACAUUUCUUCAGCUACCACCCCAAAGAAACAAAUGCGACAUAUAUGCUUGCAUUUACAGAGUAUGGUGAAUCGCAAAGAUCAAUUAAUUAUGAGUUUUGGGUGCAUUGCAUGCUUCUUGUUUUGAUUCCGUGGUUUACCAUUGCCAUUCUGAACAUAUCUUUGAUUUAUUUGAUCAUAAAGCGAACAACAAAAAUCAAACGCAGCAAAGAGUCAAAAACCUUUAAAUCAAACGAAACCAGAGAAAGACGAAUGACAAUCACUUUACUGUCAAUUACAUUCACAUUUUUGAUUCUGCUUUCAUGGCAAUGUGUUACACAAUGCUUUUGGAUGCUUGGUGUUGGCAAGGAAGACAAAAACAACUCAAGAUGGAAUCUAAUUGACAGUUCGUUUGCAUUUGCAAAGAUCAGUGUUAUCAUCAAUUGCGCGAUUAACUGGAUACUCUAUUGCCUAACAGGUACAAUGUUUCGAAAAGAACUCAUGAGGCUGAUAUGCAGAAGACAUAAAGUUAAUCUGGCGACAAGUGAGAAGCCUUUUCGCAUUAAGGAUAAAAGUUCCGAAGAAAUGGUUGCUAAAUAAACAUAGUGGUGUAGAUUCUGUCAAUACUACAUUGAUUCUUUAAUUUCCGUGUUCAGGAAGUACAGUACAGUAAAGCAUAUAAUGAUUAAAAGUUGAAACAGCUAUCCAGUGUAUAAAAAUUAAAAUGUAUUUUUUUAAAUUAUUAUUUUCGUUAACCUCAUAUAUUAAUUAUUUUGCGUGAUUGAGCAUGGUUGUCUACGGCACAAGAAUCACCAUUCACUUCCUUACAACUGCCCUGCCCCUUCCCUAAGCGUGGCGUUACGCUGAAAGUUACCAAAAUAAAAGUUAGGAAUAACUUGAAAACUGAUUUCCGCUAAUAUUGCAAGUAAUCAAGAAAGCAAAAAAAAAAAAAAAAAAAAAAAAAUAUUAAAUAUUCAGAUUAUAAGGGCGCAUAAUCACCCUGUAGGCAACUUUUUUAGAGGUGUCUAUUUUAUUGUAAAAAUGAAAGAUAUACAUAAGAAAACAUUAUCCUGAAAAUUUUAUUGAAAACUGACAACCAGAACAUGUUUAAAUGUCUCAUAGAAAUAACAAACUC